AUGGACGGUUCCUACCCCUCCCUGAGCCAGCCAUCGCGGCGGCGGAAGAUCAAAGGCCCCCGGCCGACCCCGCUCGACGUCCGCACCGACUCCCGCAAGAUCAUCAAGAGGCAACUGCCGGCGCCGCCUCGACGGCCAGUGAUCAUCUACAACGUCUCGCCCAAGGUCAUCCACGCCCACCGCAGCGAAUUCAUGUCGCUGGUGCAACCCCUCACCGGUCUCGCCUCACCGGCGCUGCCGCCUGCGUCGCCGUCGCCUCCAUUAAUAUCGCAGGCUGCUCGUCCCGCGACGUCCGAGAAGACCGCCGGCGCUUCCUCUCAUCCGUUGACCAUCGGCAAGCAAUUGGCGGAGGUGCUCGACCAGCUGGGGAUCGACGCUGCGAUGAGGGCGACGGCGGCGGCCGGCGGCGUCCUUUCGCAGGUUCCGUCUUGUCUACCGGAGACUGUGUCGCCGGAGCUAUUCACGGUGGCGCAGCGCUCUGUGAAGUCGUUCGAUGAGCUGAGUCCGGUUUUGCAUGGCAGUGGCAUGGUCGUCGCAACUCCCUCUCCAGUUGCAUGUUGGGAACUUGUCGACCAAAACCAAGACUUGUAA